ACACAGGUAGAAGCCACAAUGAAGUUCGAGAACAUUCUGGCUGACAUUGAUGGAUUUGGAAGAUUUCAGAUAAUGAUAAUUGUGAUCAGCUUCAUCGGCCGCUUCACAUUGCCCUGCCACUUCAUGCUUAACAACUUUGUAGCGGCUGUUCCCUCUCACCACUGUGACAUCAGCUCUCUAGAUGACGAAGGAUUUUUUAGUAGUUUAUCUGAGAAAGAGAGGCUUAUUGUAAGUAUUCCAGUCCAGGAGGAUGGGACUCCUGCAUCCUGUCAGAUGUUUGCAGAGCCGCAGUAUCAUCUGCUGCUGAACUCCUCCAACAUAAUUGAAGUACCAACAGUGCCGUGUCAGAAUGGAUGGGUGUACGAUAAUACCACCUUCAAGUCAACUUUGACCUCUCAGUGGGACCUGGUUUGUGAUAAAAGAGGGAAGAACAAAGCAACUGCUACAAUCUUUUUUGUUGGAGUGAUGUUUGGAGCUGUGACCUUUGGAAGUCUGAGUGACAGAUUUGGCCGAAGGAUCAUGCUGUUGGUGUCCUAUGUGUCUGGAAUGCUCUUUGCUAUUGCAAGUGCUUUUUCUACGUCCUACUUGAUGUUUGCAGUGCUGAGGUUCUUCACUGGGUUUUGCAUCACCGGCAUCGUCAUUGUCUCAACAGUCCUGAGUGUGGAGUGGGUGGACAUCAAGCACAGGAAACUGGUUGGGGUGAUUGAUAGCUUAUCCUGGACAUUUGGGAACACAGUAUUUGCAGCUAUUGCUUACUUUGUGAAUGAUUGGCGGUGGCUAAUUCUGAGUGUAACCUCACCUCUAAUCUUGGCCAUCAUCACCUGGAGGUGGAUGCCAGAGUCUGCAAGGUGGCUCAUUGCCAACGGAAAGCUGAAGGAAGCUCAGAUGUUUUUGAAAAAAUGUGCCAAGAUGAACCGAACCGAGGAUUCAAUUCAGAUACUGAACACAGAGACACUAGCAACCAUUGUUGUGACUGAGAAAAGAGAUCGGACCUAUUCCUACCUCGAUCUGAUACGAACACCAAACAUAAGGAAACUGGCUCUACGUACUGGUGUAGUUUGGUUUUGCGUGGCAACUGCAUUUUAUGGUAUCAGCUUCAACCUCACAGGCUUCGGGCUCAACAUCUACCUCACUCAGUUUGCCUAUGCUAGCAUUGAGCUCCCAGCCAAAGUUGCUGUUUACUACUUACUGGAUAAGAUCGGCAGGCGACGCACUGAAGUGGGAGCUCUGCUGAUGACUGCUGCCUGUCUUGGAAUUAACAUUGUAAUACCUAAAGAUAUGUCUGUUGUCAGGACAGUGGUGUCGGUCCUGGGAAAAGGGUGUUCUGCUGCAUCCUUUGGAACGAUUGUGCUCUACAGUUCUGAGCUUUAUCCCACUGUAAUAAGGCAGAACGGUAUGGGUUACAACUCCUUCAUGGCUCGGCUGGGUGUAGCUGUGGCUCCUUUGAUUCUCUUACUGGAUGAGGUGUGGAAGGAGCUGCCUCAGGUCGUCCUUUUCUCUAUGGCAGUACUUGGGGGGAUAGUGGCCAGAGCGCUGCCCGAGACACGAAACCGGUGCCUGCCAGAGACGAUCGAGGACAUUGAAACCAGUGGUAUUGAAAAGUCACUGGAGAAAAGUGUAGAAAUAAAGUGA